UCUUUCUCUUUCUCUUUCUCUUUCUCUUUCUCUUUCCUUUCAUCUUUUUCUGUUUAUUUUUAUUUUUCCAGCAAUUUUUGGUCCCCGCUUAUUUUAAACCAAUUUGACUACUCAAGCUUGAGCCCGGUUUCAUAUUAUUCGGACCGUUGUCGCACACACCACGCGCUUACUGCUAAAGAAAAUAAUAACGAGCGCACCCUGCAAUUUAGCUCUUGACAAAAGGGAAAGCUCAUUACUAGCGCACACUAUACUUUUUUUUUAGUUUCGUGAGCUCGAAAUUUUCCUCUUUUCUGUUUCUCCUUCUAUGGCCUCCAACAGCGACAGAAACAGCGGAGGCGCCAUGCACGACAGCGGCUAUGGCCAACAGCAAUUUCGCCGGACCACGGGAAAGGUAGCUGCGAAUGGUGGCGCAUAUCAGUCUCAACAGCAUCCCCAACAGCAGCAGCAACAACCACCAAUGUACUACGCGCCGAUGCAGGCAACAUACGCUAACCAGCAGCAGUACCAGGCGCCGUAUCCCCUUGGUGUUGUAUCAGCUCAGCAGUAUGGUCAGUUGAACUCUGCUAUUCCUGCUCCUCAUGAUUUCAAGCUUCAGAACCCCGCGCUCGCUGCUCAUCUGCAAUAUGCCAACCAGCGGCCACAGCAGCAGAUGAUGAUGGGGGCGCCCGUAGCGGGAUACGCUCAGCGACCAAUGGCCCCGUCAGUAUAUUACACCAUGCCCUACGCACCGCAGCAGCAGCGUAAUGGCGCCGGCCCCGGUGGAUACACCGACGACUCAAGUGAUUCUCUGAUCUUUACUCCCAGCAUAGGCAGAGAACAGAGCAGCAAAACCAAUCCUCGUCAACAGAUUCGGCUGUCACAACAACUGUACACCAACACCCCCUCCGACAGCACUGAAGCGGCCAACGCGACUGUAUCUGCAUCCAUGCUGGCCGACGACUUUGAGCGAAUGGGGAUGGGAAGCAGACCCACUACAGCCGGCGGCGCCGGCACGAACGGUCACUCUGGCGCUAACAAAAUGCUAAGCAACGCACAGAGACAGGCCAUUCCUGUGCCGCGGAGGCGAGAGCAGGAUCUCGAGGAUGAGUACGACAAUGACGACGGCAGCGCGGGCGGCGACAUCGAUGCAUCGUUGUUCCCAUCGAACCCCAGUCAGAUGGCACACAUGGGGCGCUCGGAAAAGUACGGCUCGGCUGCGCCGGCGGCAAACAACGCCAGGACUAACACAUCAUCAUCACAGAUGUCACUAGCCUCAACCCAACUCUUGUCUCGGGCCCUACUGCGGCAACACCAUGCGGCACCCGCAUCGCGCAACGCGUCGCCGCACAACUCGAUGAUCCCGGCAGAAAUUGCGGGUUUGCAGCGCGGAUUCGGAACGCAGUCCUCAUUGGAUUCCAGCGCGCGGCCAGUGCAGCAGCUGCAGCAGCAAGGACAGCAGCAAUUCCAGCACCCGCCGCAUUCGGGAUUCCACACCGAUCCGCGCGACCGCAACAUGGUUCCGAGGAACGGCCCGCCCUUUGGCCAAGCACACCCUGGCCAGCCAGGGCUUGGCCCAAUACAGGGCCCAGGCCAGGCCCGGGGAUGCCCUUACAACAGCAGCAACAGCAACACUGCAAUUGCCUCCAACUACAGCCGCUCUGGAAGUGGCGAGGCGGCGGCUUGCCCGAGCCAGGAAUGUUCCCCGGCAGGAAUGCAACCAUGGAAUGGCAGCAACAAGUCGCUCCCUGGAGCUGUUGGACCCAGUCAGCUUGCCGGUCGCAACGCGCCAGACAGCGGCUCUAACAGCACCAUGGGCGCUGCGCCGAUGACGGCAGCGCCCUCUGCGCGUAACGCACCGAUGAGCUCACCGGCGCAGGCUCCGCCACCGACUGUAUCAAGUCUUGAGGCGUAUCGCGUCAGCAUCAAGCGCUCUAGUGACCCAGCAGCGCAGCUCGAGUUUGCAAAGUAUGUGCUGGAGCACGCGCGCGGCUUGGCUGACCAGGAGCAAACGGCCGAGCUGCAGCAGAAACGCUACUCCACACUGACGGCCGAGGGACUCAAGUGGAUCAAAAAGCUGGCCGGAAGUGGCAUCACUGUGCACCGCUCGAACAUUGCGGCCGAAGCCCAGUUCUUCCUUGGCACCAUCAACGUACCGGCGAUGUACAAGCUGGGUGUCAUUCUGAUCAAGGGCCUUCUGGGAGUCUCCGCAGCGCCGCCCGACAAUGCCACGCCCGAAUGCCCACACUCGCUGCAUGAGCUGGCGCUGUGCCAUGAGGCCAGCGAUAUCCCGGGUAUUAUCCCCGACGAAGCAUACGCGGUCGAGCUGUACACCAACGCCGCCAAGCUGGGCUACGUGCCGUCGCAGGUGCGUCUCGGCCAGGCGUACGAGUACGGCACGCUGGGCUGCGAAGUUAUACCACGCAAGUCAAUUGGCUGGUACACGCGCGCCGCAGAGAAGGGCGACCCUGAUGCUGAGCUAGCGCUGUCCGGCUGGUAUUUGACCGGUGCCGAGCCUUUCCUGCCGCAAAACGACGUCGAGGCCUACUUGUGGGCGCGCCGCGCUGCCGAUCGCCGCCUGGCAAAGGCCGAGUACGCCGUCGGGUACUACUACGAGUGCGGUAUUGGCGUUGCGCGCCCCGAUGUGGAGGAAGCGCAGAAGUGGUACAAUAGGGCAGCGCUACAGGAAAAUCGCCGCGCCAUUGCGCGCCUCAAGGAGCUCAAGCUGAUGGGCAUAAACAACGCCCCGAUGAACUCUGCGCAGCGUCCGCGCCGCGGCAAGGGCGGAACAAUGUUCUGAGGCCCAACCUGUUGCCAAUGGUAGCUAUUUUAUUUUUUCAGACACGCUGUGUCUAAACUUUUUUAAUGUGAACUGCUUAUAUUUAUA